CGGGGCGGUGCUCGGGCUCCGGGCCUCUCGGCUCCCGCAGCCCGGCUCGCCCGCCCUCGGAGCCCAGCGCCGCCGCCAUGUCUUCCGGGGCCAGCGUGAACGCCCUGCAGCGCCUGGUGGAGCAGCUCAAGCUGGAGGCCGGCGUGGAGAGGAUCAAGGUCUCGCAGGCCGCUGCAGAGCUUCAACAGUACUGCAUGCAGAACGCCUGCAAGGACGCCCUGCUGGUAGGUGUUCCAGCUGGAAGCAACCCCUUCCGGGAGCCCAGAUCCUGUGCUCUAUUCUAAAGGCCGGGAAGAAGUUUACUGAGGAAUGCUUUUAAGCACAAGUGAUGAAUAACUGCAUCCAAGUCUCAAGAGAACACUUUUCUCCAGCCAAAUGACUUUUAGACAUUUCAUACCUUUCCUGUGGCCUGGAUCUCUAGCCAAAAUUCCAUAGAAAUUGAUGAGUUUCUACUCAGAUAAGGAAACUGGGUGAAGGAGUAGAUUUUAAAUAAUAAUGGCCUGAUUCUUUUGGUAAAAUUCUUUUAUAUUUAAGACAAACAAAAAUAUUACUACCAAGUACACCUCUUUCAUAAGCGAAUUACUGGUGUUUCUAUACCUAGAAUAUUAUGUUUUAUUUACUGGAUGUUUACAUUUUGGGAAGGAAAACAUUUUUGUUUGUUAAAAAAUUGAAUAUUUGUAAUUUGUUGUUCCUAAGAUUUUUUUAUACCAUAACAAAACUUGUUCUUUUCUUGUGAAGUUACAAUUUCUAAAUGAAGACAAGUGUAAAACUGGGGGAAGAAUAGGCUUUAUCAAUCAAAUGAUGUCUUGGUUUUUCUAAAUGAGAAGAUUGUUAUUUGUAACACUAAACAUGGGAGCUGUUUCUUAACAAACUUAUUUGGAAAGAUUCAUGUUGUGUUGUGUAUUAGAUUGCCCCAUCCUGUGUAUGAAGCAGAUUUGGUCAUUGUCUUCUUAAGUUCCUCUAUUUUAUAGUUGUGGCUGUACUUAAAAAAUCUAAAACAAAACAAAUUAGGUCUUAAAAAAAUGUUUAAAUGUUAUCUUCAGAACAUUGCAAAUGAUUAAAAACAAAAUAAUGUGAAAAUACUACAGCCUAAAUGAAUUCUUAAUGUCACAAGUAGGUUAUACUUUGAUGAUGUGCCUUUGAUUGAAUUUGGUACACUUUUAAAAGGAUACUUGAUUUGUGUUUGUAAUUAUCUUUGAUGAGCUUGGAAAUAAAAAUUUCUGCUUAAUUCAUCAUUUUCUAUGGCAGCAA